ACUUGUCUUUCCUCCUCCUUUUAUAUUACUUGUCACUCCUCAUUUUUUUUAAUUCAGCAACACACUUAUAUUCAUUAAUAAUGCACUUCACAAACUCACUCUAAAGUCUAUAUUCUCUUUACGUAGCACUCUUUCCCAUCUCACCCUGCUUCUUUGCUUCUCCCCUAAUUCGUUUAUUAUAUAUAUAUAUAUAUAUAUAUAUAUAUAUAUUUGGCUCUUCCAUUAGCAUAGCACCAUCAAAAGUCAAGUUCCAAUAAUACUUAUAGAGAUGGAAGAAGUUCAUCAUGAUCAUGUGUCGUUUAAACUAUGUGAGCUUUGCAAUGAACGAGCCCUUCUAUUUUGUCCAUCUGAUUCUGCUUUUCUAUGUUUUCGCUGUGAUGCUAAAGUUCAUCAGGCUAAUAUCCUUGUUGCUCGUCACCUUCGGCUUACUCUUUGCUCGCAGUGUCAUUCACUUACGAAGAAUCGUUUUUUCCCCUGUUCACCUCGUCCCGCUCUUUGUCCUUCUUGCUCCUUGAAUAUCUCUGAUGAUUCCGAUCUACGUUCUGUUUCUUCGUCAACUUGUAUUUCCAGCACACAAUCAAUCAGCAGUACUACUCAAAGGAAGCGCUUUGCUGAUGAAGUAAAUUCUGCAGGCCGAUUCAGAAGUGUGAAAUUGCGAGAUCCAAGAGCAGCAACUGAUUUGUUCAUGCAUUGGUGUGCCAAGCUUGGAAUGCAUAGCGAGGAAGGUAAAGGUACAGUGCAGACUGCUUGUGAUGCUUUGGGAAUUUGUUUCGGUCAGAUUAGGGCUCUGCCUGUGCGAGUGGGACUGGCAGCGUCUUUGUGGUUCGGGUUGAGAAGUAGUAAUAACGACGGAUCAAAAUCCACGUGGAGAUUUCUGAAGAGAUUCGAAGAGAUCUCUGGUGUGCCGGCGAAGAUAAUAUUAGCUACGGAAAUAAAGCUGAGAAAAAUUGUGAAAACUAAUAAUCGACGACGUCAAGGAAUGGAGGAAAGCUGGGGUGAAUGGUCACCCUGAAUAAUUUUUUUUUCGGAAGGUGAUUGGAGGAAGUUUUCCCUUUUUUUUUUUUUUUCCUCUUUCUUUUUUUAUUUUUGUUUUCAUCUUUUUUUUUUUUUUUGUGGCAAACCAUUAUAAAAUUGGAAAAGUUUGAAUA